AUGGCUAAAACAAGGUCUAAGAUGCAGGGGAAGCUUCAAUCGACUGUGAAAUCGAAUGCGAAAAAGAAGAAAAAAGGUCCUUCGUCGUCCAUUGAUAUAAGGAAAACUAAGUCAAUGGAUAAGGUUUUGGGAAUUGAACCAAUAGAUUUCUCGGAUGAGGAAGAAGAUUGUGCUAAUCCUCCCUUAAAUGUGAUUGAUGGUUUUGUGAGACGAUUGUGGAAGGAUAAAAUAGAUAAGGUUGGAAUGCUCUCUUAUGGAAUUUUCUUAAUCAGAUUUCAUGAUGUGGUUGAUAGAGAUGUAGUGUUGAAUGGGGGGUAUAUAUUUUUCAAUAAGAGGCCAGUUAUAAUGAAAGCUUGGGAUCCAAAUGUUGAUUUCAAAAAGGAAGAUGUGAGUAGGGUGCCGGUUUGGAUAACAAUGGAUGAUUUAGAGUUGAAAUAUUGGGGGGAAAAGUCCUUGUUCAAAAUUGUUGGGCAGAUUGGGGAACCAUUAAUGGUUGAUGCUGUCACAAAGGAACGAGAUAAACUUAGUUAUCCUCGGGUUCUUAUUGAAGUGUCUAUCCAUCAAGAGUUUCCCGACACCAUUUACUUUGAGAAUGAGUUUGGGAAUACUGUACCAGCUAAGGUCAAUUAUGAAUGGAAGCCGAUUCUUUGUAAAAAUUGCAAGGGUAUGGGGCACGAGACAAUUGACUGCAGGAAGAGAGAAGGAAAGACACAAGAGUGGGUGGUUAAAAGAGGGCCUGAGAAAGAAUUUAUCCAAGUCCGGAAUGGAUGGAAACUAAAAGAGAAAGAACCCCCUUUACAAACCGAGAUGACCAAUGUUUUUAUAGUCCUUAUUGCAGCAGAUAAAGGGGUUAUGGCAGCAGCAGUUCCUGCUAGUUUCACAGCAGUGGGAGACGCUACAGCAGGCAGUAAAGAGGAAAUACAAGAGGGGGGGGAGGACCCUCUCUUGUUCAUGGAUAAAGUCAUUAGUUGGAACGUCCGGGGAAUCAAUAGCCAGCAAAAACAACUGAAUGUCAAGCAAUUUAUUGCUCUACAAAAGGCUGAUUUAGUUGGUCUCCUCGAGACGAGAGUUAAGUCUUCAAAACUUGGAGACUUAUACCAAAGAAUGUUUCAAGGGUGGUGUUUUACAACAAAUUUAGCGUGGCACAAAGGUGGAAGAAUAAUAAUGGCUUGGAAUCAUUUGCUUUUUAAUAUCACUAUCAUUAAAUGUACUAGUCAAAUGAUACAUUCUCACAUUGAGACUUUAAACAAUAGGUAUAAGUUCUUUAUUACCUUUGUUUAUGGUUUUAAUGAUGAAAAUGGGAGAAAAGUCCUAUGGAAUGAUCUACGAAGUGUCUCUAGUCAGGAGCCAUGGCUUAUACUUGGGGAUUUUAACGACAUACUCUCUAAAGAUGAAAGAAUAGGAGACAAGGCAAGAAUUAGCACCUCCACGGCCUUCUUAGAGUGUGUUAAUGACUGUCAAAUCUCAUACAUUAAGAGCAGCGACUGUUUUUUUACUUGGAGUAAUAAGCAACAAGCAAGUGAUAGAAUCUACUACAAGAUUGAUCGAGUGCUAGCUAAUCAAGCUUGGUUAGAUUUUUUCACAAGAGCUGAAGCUCUCUUUCUUAAUGAGGGAACUUUUGACCAUACUCCAGUUGUGUUGAAUAUAUACCCGGCUGCCCCGGUUGGAAAGAAGCCAUUUAAAUACUUUCGUAUGUGGUCCUCUCAUCCCAGCUAUCAUACGGAAGUCAAGAAAAUAUGGGAAGGGAAGAUAAGUGGUUCAAAAAUGUUCCAAGUAGUCUCAAAGUUGAAAAUCUUGAAGAACUUCUUCAGGGAUCUCAAUAGAGAGCAUUACUCUGAUAUCCAAGCAGCUGAGAGGAAGGCUAAGCAGGAUCUAGAGGACAUCCAAGGGCUUCUUCAUCAAAAUUUGCUUGAUGUUAAUGUGCAGAAACAAGAAAAAGAAAUAAGGGAGCUUUAUGUGAAAAUCCGAAAAGAUUACUGCUCUUUUCUGCAGCAAAAAUCUCGAAUAAGUUGGCUAAAGGAAGGGGACGAAAACUCAGCUCUUUUUCACUCAAGCAUCAGGGAAAGAAGGAAUUGUAAUAAUAUCUUGUCAAUCUGUGAUGCCACAGGCUGA